AUGAGCAGCAAAACCAGAUACGCCGAGCGACAAAUCCCGCAGAUCUCCCUGCAUGAUUUCGAAGCGAGGAUUGAUAGCAUCACUUCCGAGCUUAUUGACUCCGCUGAGAACGUCGGCUUCUUUACCGUGAUUAACCAUGGGCUAACCAAUGAAGAAAUUGAACGCAUGUUCUCCAAUUCAUAUAGCUUCUUCGCCCUCUCGGACGAAGUCAAAGCAACAGUCCCGUGGAGCUCGAAAAACGUGGGAUGGGAGAAGAAUCGACAAGUACGCCCGUCUACAGGAAAGCCGGACACAAAGGAAUCAUAUCAACUGCAGUUCGGCGAGAACAUGACGGAUGUUUGGAUCGCGGAAGCCCAUCUUCCCGAUUUUAAAACCACCUCCCUCGAAUUUAUGCACAAGGUUCAGGGAAUCUCGGAAAGGCUCAUGCGAUGCUUUGCACGUGGACUGAGUUUCCCGGAAGAUUUCUUUAUCAAAGCCCACGACGUAUCGCGCCCAAACUCACAGACGGUCUGCCGGUUGCUGCACUACUUCGCGCUGCCUGAAGAGUCUGAUGGGAAAGUAUAUCAUCGAGCAGGAGCCCAUGCGGAUUGGGACUUCCUGACUUUGCUCUUUCAGAACGCGGGUCAGAGUGGGCUUGAGAUAUGUCCUGGCCGCGAAGUAGUAACAGAGUUUGGUAUUGGAGAUAUAUGGACCAAAGUUGAACCAAAAACCGGAGAAAUUGUAUGCAACAUUGGAGACUUGCUUAUGUCUUGGUCCGAUGAUCGUUUCAAAUCGACUUUCCACCGUGUCAAAGCACCGUGCGAGCCCGGUGAUUACUAUGGCGACCGAUAUAGCAUUGCUUAUUUCAACCAGCCUUGUACAGACUCGACGAUCCAGGGACCACUGAAAAAAUAUCCCAUGGUUACGGGACAACAGUUCACAGAAAAUGCGAUGAAACGAAAUUUUGCUGCUUUACAAGAGAAAUUGAUGGCGAUGGACUCCAUGGCCUGA